CAGUGGAAAUUACCGCGUAUUGGAACGAAAGGCUGGUUCAAACUUGUAUUUUUUGCGAGCUUUUUAUCCAUGUUGGUGGCAUUUACUGCCUGGAUUAUUUGGUCAAGGACAAGUUCUUCAAUGGAGGCAAGACAAGAACGUGACAAAAAACAAAUUGAAUAUAGCUACUUAGUUUACGGUAUGCUCGUACUUAUCGCAAUUGUCGGAAUGUAUGCUUUGAACUUUCGGCCUUUUAUGAAGUUCCUGAGCAGAUGUUUAGUUAUUAACCAAAGUAUAACAGUCAUACCAAAUGGAGAGCUUUGCAAGGAGAAAACGUCGAGCACAGAUACGUUGGAUGAACAUGACGGAGGAAAAACGAACGAAUCAAAGAAGCAUUGUUUAUGUAAGCAUGAUUUACCUGUAUUAAAGGAUACAUGCGUACAAGUGCAAAUGGUUGAAGAUAUGAAAUACGGAGUACAAGGAUAUACCAAACUUGCGGGUCGAAAAGAUGUGAAUAUGGUAUGAAAUACAGCUGGAAAUUAUGUGUGAAGUACAUGUAUAUGGGAAAUCACAACUAGAUAUGCAUAUUUUAAAUCUGUAUGGUAGAAUAUUAAUAUAGUCUGAUGGAGAGGAAUACCAGCUAAAAAUUCCCAAAAACCUGUCGACUGGCGAGGGCGAUACCGUAAAUCUCCGACUAUAAGCCCUGGGUUUAUAUUCUUUCGCAAGCGAUUUUUGAUGGGCUUAUACAAGGAGGGGGGGUUAUAUAGGGGGGGCUUAUACAUGGACGGUCUUUUGUGUUAGUGUAAUAGUGAUAAACAAGUGUAGUAAUAGUGAUAAACAAGUGUUCAGCAUAAUAAUAAUAGUGAUUAAUAGUGGUAAUAGUGAUAUAUAAACAAUAGUGAUAAACAAGUGGGCUUAUAUUCGCGUGGGCUUAUAUUUGGAAGGAGGUGAGCGUUUACAUGGGGGUUUAUAUCUGGGGCUAUAUUCGGAGGUUUACGGUAUUCAUUCCAAUUUUUGUGUAAAUACCCGUAUUUACGCGUUUAGGCGCCCCGGCGCUUUUCAAUUUUUAGUGCUACGGAUAUGGCCUUGUUUGGGGGCGGCGCUCUUUAAUUAUAACAUAUUUUAUUUGUAAGCAUUAACAAGGAAUAUUAGCAACAAAGUAUAACAUAAAAACACUGAAAUGCAGAAGAAAAAGUUCUGAGGUUUGUUAAAGAUUGCAACCUCGUACACGAACAAUUUUUCAGACGGUGCUGCGGCGAUUAUUCGAGGGCGGCGCUCUUUAAUAUUUUUUUUUCUCAUAUGCGGCGCUUAAACGAGUAAGUACGGUAUUCAUAUUCCUACCAUCAAUAUUCAUAUUCACACUACUUCAAAACCCAUGCAGUAUCAAUACUCAAUAUUCAUCUUUCACCACCCGAAAUAUAGAAGUAUAUACAGUAUGAAAUCAAAUAAUACUAAUGCAUGACUUUGGGAGCAGGGACAAGGUGAUUUGCGAAAUUUACAGUAGAAUAUAUUAUAGAAUAUUAAUAUAGAGUUAGGGGUAUAUAAAAAAUCAAAUAAUACUAUAAUGCAUGAUUUUGAGGGCAGGACAAUGUAUUUUGCUAAAUAUAUAAUUUAGGGAACUUUCGCAUAUUUAUUAGUGUAAUUGUGUAAAGACAAUAUAUUUCAUAUAUUCAUGACUUUCGUAGUAAUAUAGUAGAUUACACGCGUAAAAACGCACAGCUUAAUGUAACAAAUCUGCAGCAGACUUGUACCCAGGCCUGCCAAUUUUGCUCGGACCCCCGGCUCAAAAAGGGUCCUCAAACGACGAAGACCCCAACUCCUUACUAUUAAUAUGGAUCUUCAUUGGAAAUAGUACGGAAAUAGUAUGGGUAUACCAUGGAUUUUAGUAUACCUAUACUAUUAAGACUAUAUCAAAUUCCAUAGUAAUUGGAUUUCACUAUUUUUUUCCAGUAGUGUUAUGGGUUUAUUGAUAGAUGUUUUGAAGGUAAAUAGAAGGAACACUGUCCUUUACAGAUGCCAGAACGAGGUUGUACAGAUGCGCGGAAAUGAAUGUAAAGACGAUAUUAAAACGAUAAAUUAAAAAAUAUAGAACUAUUUAUAGCAUUUCUCAUGGGGUUUUAUUCAUCCAGGGCAUCGAAAAUUCCUUACUCAACUGCAUGCAAUUCGAAUUUAAUCA